ACCGUGACAUCAUCAAAGGUCCUGUAGCCGCCGAAGAGGUCGCAUCUUCCCACAACACAGAACAGGGUGUGUUCGUCCUCCAUGAGAUGUAGCGCUGUGUAGCCUGCCGGUUCUCCUCAGGCUGAGGGCAGGAUGGCAGCCUUCCGGAGUAUAGGCCUGCCCGCGGCUCUGCUCGCUGCUACCGGAGGGGUAGCCCUGGCGACCUGGAGGUACCUGUCUGCCAGGAGAGCCAAGGGGGAAGAGCAGAGGCUCCAUGGGGAAGGAAGUGUGUCGGCUCAGGAUGGAGGGGGACCAGGUGCCUCCAUUAUAGAUGACGGAGCAAGGCAAGUGGGGGAGAUUGAGGCUGUAUCCCCAGUGCAGACUGAAGGGGGCAGCACGGGGAAUGACAGGAAUGUGCCCCCAGGCGCCUCACCUGUCUCCUCUAUAAUACAGGAGGAGGAGAAAAGUGCAGUAACAUGUAUACACCCAGAGGAGAAGAGGAGCGCAGCAGCUGCAGGGAUAACUACUUCUCCAGAAAAGAAGAGCACAGAAUCUGCAGUUACAUCUUUAACCCCAGAAAAGAAGAGCGCAGCAGCUGCAGGGACAACUACUACCCCAGAGAAGAAGAGCGCAACAGCUGCAGGGAUAACUACUACCCCAGAGAAGAAGAGUGCAGCAGCUGCAGGGAUAACUACUACCCCAGAGAAGAGCGCAGCAGCUGCAGGGACAACUACUACCCCAGAGAAGAAGAGCGCAACAGCUGCAGGGAUAACUACUACCCCAGAGAAGAAGAGCGCAGCAGCUGCAGGGACAACUACUACCCCAGAGAAGAAGAGCGCAACAGCUGCAGGGAUAACUACUACCCCAGAAAAGAAGAGCACAGAAUCUGCAGUUACAUCUUUAACCCCAGAGAAGAAGAGCACAGCAGCUGCAGUUACAUCUGAAAACCCAGAGGAGAAGAAGAAUGCUGCAGUUGCAGGGAUAUCUACUACCCCGGAAAGGAAGAGCACAGAGGCUGCAGACACAUCUGUUACCCCAGAAAAGAAGAGCGCGGCAGCUGUAGACACAUCUGUUACCCCAGAAAAGAAGAGCGUGGCAGCUGCAGACACAUCUAUUACCCCAGAAAAGAAGAGCGUGGCAGCUGUAGACACAUCUAUUACCCCAGAAAAGAAGAGCGCAGCAGCUGCAGACACAUCUGUUACUGAAAAAGAGGAGAGCGCAGCAGUUGCAGACACAUCUAUAACCCCAGAGGAGAACAUAAGUUCAGCAACUGUAGUUACAUCUAUAACCCCAGAAAAGAAGAACACAGCAGCUCAGGCCGCGUCUAUAGCCCCAGAGGAGAGAAAAGGCUCAGCAGGGGUAGUCACACCAAUAACCACUGAAAAGAAGCAUGCAGCAUCUCCAGUCACAUCUAUUACCCUAGAGGAAAAGAAAAGCUCUGUAUUCAGAUCUGCAACCCCAGAGGAGGAGAGCGCAGCAGCUGAGGUCAUAUCUGUAACACAGGAAAAGAAGAGUGUGGACAGUCCAGUGACCUCCAUAACACCCGGGGAGGAGAGGAGCACAAACUCUGCUACAUCACAGGAGGAUGUUUCACAUGUGUUACACACGACCUGUGAAAUACACGAGCCGUAUAAGACCUCAUCCAUUCCAACCAAAAGAGAGUCCCCCAGAUCACCCCUAGAUAAACGUAUGGAAGAAGGGUUCAGUGACGCUUCAGUGUCAUCUACUGAUACACAGCAUAAGGAAAAACAUGAAUCAUGCAAGCAGGUUCUAGUACUCGGACUGGAUGGAUCUGGAAAGACAAGCAUCUUAAACUGUAUUUCAGCCAAUAAAGGAAAACUUAUGACAACCCCUACAGAAGGCGUUAAUGCAAUGUGCAUCAGCAAUGGCAAUUCUAAAAUGGAAUUUUUGGAAAUUGGAGGAAGUGAGCAUCUUCGUCCUUAUUGGAAAAUGUACCUCUCUAGAGCAUUUGCUGUCAUUUUUGUGGUGGACUCGGCUGAUCACAGUCGUCUUUCACUCGCUAAAAGACAUCUUCAUCAACUGAUCCAACAAGACCCUGUCCUUCCUCUUAUAGUGCUUGCUAACAAACAGGACCUACAAAAUGCACAUCACAUCCCUGAGAUACAUGAUGCCCUUGCACUGUCAGACAUUUGUGAAAAUCGGAAGCUCUUUUUAAUUGGAACGUAUGUGACAAAGGAUGGCUCCGAGAUUUCUUCUGGGAUCCAGGACACAAAGGAAUAUCUUGCACAGCUGCUUUUCGAAAACUCGGCUAAAGUCAAUUAACGUUGUGGUGUCCACCAAUAUUAUCACUUAACAAAACGUGUGGAUGUCCUGUUUGAAUGACUACUAGGGGUUCACUGUGCUUGGCCGAAAAACAAAAAUGACUGAUCUUUAAUCUAAAGUUGUCUAUUUCUUUACCAUAAUUUAUAUAAUUUUUUUCCCCUGCAUUGUUGCAGGAGAAAAAAUUAAGUAUUACAUCAAAAUAAUCAUCCAUUCAUUUGCAGUGGAUUCCAUAGAUCCUCCAGAACAGAGAGUAGCACUGCUCUGAGUUCUGGACAGGUUUGGCCCAACCCGACCUUGAAGGCAAUCUCUAAAGCUAAGUUCACACAGCAGAAUUUCUGUGCUUCAACAUAGAUUACAUUCUGCCAAGAUGAAAGCUGAUUUAUUUUUCAGUUUUGCGUAAUGUUCAAGGAAUUUGUGCUGAAUUUCUGCAGAAUUUCUUAUGCUCAACACAGAUUUUAGAUGGAAUUUAGAGUCCCAUUGUCUUCAUUGAGACUCUGUCGUGGAAUUCCGCAAAAAUAAUUGACAUAUUCAUUCUUUUAGCAGAAUCUGGAAUGCACAAUUUUAUUCUGCAGCAGAAAAAUUGCAGUGUGAAUAUGACCAUGUAAAUUCCAUUCACCACAAUGUUACCUUCAUGUAGCAGAAUUUCCAAGCUGAAGUUUUCUGCCAAAUUCCACACUGAAAUUGCGUUGUGUGAACAUAGCCUAAGGGUUCAAUGCCAGAUGGCUUUUUAAAGGGUUGAUUUAAAGAUUUAAAACCUAGAAAGGAAAUUCUGCAAAAACACUUGAUAGAUACAUCAGAUAAAACUUAGCCAAAGGUAUGAUGCUAACUGUCCCCUUGUAAUACUUGCUCUAAAAUGCAUUUAAUUUAUAAAAUAAGGUUGGUGGGUGAUGUAUACUAAUUUUGACCGUGUGCACAAAUGCAUUUUUUUUUUUUAAGGAAAAUGCACCCCUGGAACCAGUACAUCACAGUCCAUUCCUAGAAACAUUCUCAGUGCCUCAGUGAUGUCACUGGUUUCCAAACAAUUGAUAGGCUGUAGUUAAAUAGGCUCUGUCAGCUCUUCUGAUGUGUCUAUUUUAAUAAAUACUAACAAUUCCCACAAAAUAAUUCUGGAGCAUCUUUUCUUAAAACUGUGUUGUGCUGUUCUUCUGUUAUUCUUCCUAUAAAUGUAUAUUAAAUUGGGUGUUACUGGUAGGGGGGUUACUGGUCCCUUUUACACACGACACUGUCCAGACAGUAUCAGAUAUACCCCUUUGAUAAAGGGAAUGGUACCAUCCAGAUAUCAAUUUAUUAUACAUUUCUAGAAGGAAUCAUAGACGUAGCACAAUAUGAAAUACUAAGGAAAGAUGUUCCAGACUUAUUUAAAGGGGUACUCUGGUGGAAAACUUUUUUUAAAUCAACUGGUGCCAGAAAGUUAAACAGAUU